AUGCGCGACGGCUUCGGGUACGAGUACCAGACGCCGGUGCAGGCGUGCGCCUUCGGCCCGAUCGCGGCGGGGAAGGACGUGAUCGUGAGGCGGACGGGCGCGGGGAAGACCCUGAGUUUCCUGCUGCCCGCGGUAGAGCGCCUGCUCGGCCUCGGGCCGGGCCGGGGGGGCAUCCGGCUGCUGGCGGUGAGCCCCGUGCGGGAGCUCUCGAUGCAGAUCUUCGCCGAGGCCGAGAGGCUGCUGUCCUUCUACCCCGGGAUGAGGGCGGUGUGCAUGGUGGGCGGGCUGGAUUGGAAGGAGGACAAGGAGGCGCUGGAUGCGGCCGGCGCUGCGAGCGUGCUGCUGGUGGCGACGCCGGGCCGCCUGCAGACGCACAUUGGCAAGACGGAGGGGUUCGCCGCGAGCUUGGCGGAGGUGCAGAUUUUGGUGCUGGAUGAGGUGGACUACCUCACCAGCGAAAUAUUCAGACCAGCCACGGAGGGUAUCGUCUCGGCCCUGCCUGCGGCGGUGUCCCGGCAGAGCCUUUUCUUCUCCGCCACUAUAUCCGACGAAGUGACCGAGCUGAUGAAGCGUACCGGGAGCGCCGAGUACGAGUACAUAGACAUGCUCAAGGGCUGCGAUGCUGUGGUGCCAAGCUUGAUCGAGCAGACCUACUGCGUCGUCGCCACCGAGGACAUGACCAGAAUGCUCUGCAGAGCGAUCGAAGAGGCGAGGAGGCGGGAGGCCGCCUCGGCGAAGUUGGUGGCAAUUUUCAUGACUGGGCGUAUCGCCGCGUACUACGCCGAGGCAUUCCGAAAGUCGGGGUCCGAGUUGGCUGUCUUCGAGAUCCACGCUCAGAUAAAGAAGCAGGAGACCAGAACAGAGGCUUCCAACCAGUUCAGGGACGCAGUCAGCGGCAUUCUGUUCACUUCAGACGUGUCAUCCAGAGGCUUGGACUACCCCGGCGUCACGGACGUUAUCCAGAUGGGCGCUGGCCGACCCAUACACGGGCCGAGUACAUCCACCGCCUCGGCCGCACGGGCCGUGGCGGGAAAGCCGGCCGGGGAGUCUUGUUCCUCCACGAGUUCGAGCGGCCGUUCCUGGAGUCCCUGA